CGUGACGAGAAAAGUUUCAAAGCAGAAACUGAAGAGAAAGAGACAGAGAGAGAGAGAGACAGAAAGAAAGAAAGAAAGAAAGAAAGAAAGAAAGAAAGAAAGAAAGAAAGAAAGAAGAGGAGGAGGAGGAGGACUGUGUGCAGGAUGGAUGUGACGUCACACUGCACUGGCUCUGAAAUCACAGAGGGCGGAGCCAACAAGAACCCGGUCCAAUCAGAAUGCAUCUCGAGCCAGCCGACAGCCAACGGGACGCUCCCGCAUCUCAACACAGAUCCCGCCCCUGCAGAGGAAGCCCCGCCCCCACUCUCUGAUAGGACAGAGGACAGUGGUGAUGACUCUGUAACAGACAGCUCCUCCACUGAUGACGUCUCUCGCCUCCUGCCCGCCCAGCCUGCCUCCGCACUCCGAAAACAGAAAGGUGUGGACAUGUCGUCAGUGUCUCCUCCUCCCAUCUGUGCUCCUCCAUCUUCCUCCCUCACCUCUCCUCCUCCUCCUCCUCCUCCUCCUCCUCCUCAUCGGUCGUCCACCUGUAACAGAAACAGCUGCAACCUUCAUCAUCAUCAUCAUCAUCAUGGACACAGAACCAAUCAGAAGCGUCUCUCCUCCACUAAGAGCCACGCCUCCAUUAAGACGGACGCCGCCCACAUUAAGGAGGUCGCUGGAGAUGACUGUUGCGCUCACUGUCUCCUGGCAUGUCUCUUCUGCGAGCUGCUGUCCAUGUGUUCGGCUCUGGGGGAGUGUCUGGCGUGUGGGAUGGGCGGAGCCGGGUGUUGUGAGGCUGUGGGUGGCUGCUGCUGCUGCGUGGAGGUGGCAGGAGAGGCGGCCUGUACGGAGGAGGCGUGUCAGGCCGUGUUGGAUUGUGGGAUACUGGAGGACUGCUGUGGCUCGUCCGACUGCCUGGAGAUCUGUCUGGAGUGCUGCUCCAUCUGCUUCCCCACAUAGAGCAGCCAAUCAGAGAGGGGUCACAAGAUGAUGUCACAGACUCUGUUGCCUGGAGACGGAGCUGCUUCGUCCUGGAAAGACAAAACUUUAUUGUCCAUGAUUGAAAGAAGUCAGAAUCUUUUUUAUCUUUAUUUGUUUCAACGAUGAACAAAUGACACAAAGACUGAACUCAGAUCAGCUGAUCACGUUUUGUUCCUGUGUAAUGUGUUUUCUCACGGUGUGUUCACACCAAACACAAAGUUUUCACGUGACAUAACCAUAAACAAAGUCAAUGCUAAAGGUCCUGACGCACCACGCCGACAGUCGGCUGUUGCCCAGUGAUUGACUCGGCUCUACCUGACUCCACUAAAUUCUACCCGUCUCGACUCGACUCUAAUCAGUCAAACUCUGCAUGACUCGACUCAACUCUACCUGAGUCAACUUGACAAUUAACAAUGAGCCGGUGGUCGGCGGUCCCUCAGUGUUGGGCCGUCGGUGAGCAUUUGUUGCCCCAGUCUUAGCAUGUCCUUCACCGUUGGCCCAAGUCGACCCUUGUUGACUUUAGUGACCGAUUCAGCAUGUUGUGUCUGUGACAGCAGAGCUCAUCAAGUGAAUGAAAUCACUCUGAUUGGCAGCUCAGCUCAGCUCAGCUCAUGAGAAGAGAAAGUGAGGCAAGUAAACAAACAGCUAAAGUCCAGAGGGUGUGAGACCAGAUCAAACUUGUUACAGAAGGGGUGCAUUCAGGAUUACUCACGCUGAGUGUUGGAGUGCACUCUGGCACACUCUGCUUCCUUUAAGGCCAGGACUUGGUCUGAUGUAAUUGUGACACACAUUCAGACCUGCACUGACGAUGAUUUUAUACUUAAUUUUUAUGAUGAAAUUUUUGUUUAGUUAUUUUAUUAACUUAUUACAGUAUAUUACUUAAUUGUUUGACUUCAUGAUCUAUGGAUACACUGUCGCUUGGUUUUUAACUGUGUCUUGUAAAGUGUUCUUAAGCGCAUUGAAAGGUGCUUAUGAAUAAAAUGUUUUAUCAUUAUUAUAGUUAUUAUUAUUAUUAUUAUUAUUAUUAGAGCCUCUGUGAUCACUGUGUUCACGUCUCUUGAUUCCAGCUGUCAGUUGUACUUUUAACUAUAAAGCAAGUUAGCACUAGCUUUAACGUUAGCUGCCUUCCACAGUUAGCACAGCUGUGAAGGCUGAAUAUUUGUGUGCUGUAAAAUACUCCAAAAAACACCUUUAUUCGUAACGCGAGACAAAAGCUGGCACAAUGUUUGGUGUGAACACACUUUCAGCUCUGUAACAGUCGUGUCAGUGUUCAGAUUUCUGUCUCUGUUGGACAGACAGACGGACAGAUGGACCGACGUUCAGGGAGCAGUGUUUCCUGUAUGCAGAGAGGUGGAGGUCAGGGGUGGGGACCAGUUCACUUCCUGUCACACAGCAGCAGUUAAUGUUCACUUUUUUAAAAACAUUCCUGCAAAGCGUUCAAGUGCCAGUGUUGUUGCAGUCCUGCAUCAAACAUCUGGAUCACAAGAGUCUGAAACUUUGUUUAAAUUUCAUAACUGAGGUGUUCAGUGAAGCCAAGAUGGAGGAUGUCAGUCCGCCUGUCUGUCUCAGUGUCCACUGAUCUGAUGUCCUCAUGUGAGACUCUAAACGAGACACGUUCAGGUUUUCACACAGAAUGUAAAAAAAAAAAUGUCACUUUGUUCUGUGGAUCAACAAACUGUGAAAACUUUAUAAUUAAGUACAAAUAAAAUACUUAAGUAAUAAUAAUAAUCGCAUGCUUCAGUAGAGGAUGAGUUGUGAUGAUCACAUGAACAGGUCUUUGUCACGUAGCUGUAAAAAAUAAACACCUGAAUGACGUCACAGCGAUCUGGUGUUUGUGCGGCACCAUGACUGAAGCUGUCCUGAGGUCAGAAACUAAACUUCAUGUGUGUAAAUUGACAGAGUGAGAAUCUCUCUGUGUCCAAACUGAUGUUUGUGUGUCUGUGAUUGACAGCUCGGGAGGGGGCGGGGUCCUGCAAGGACAGGAAGUGUGCGUUUGUUGAAACGAUGUGCCAGGGCGUCCAAACAGGAAACAGGAAAUCACUGAAAUGACAACGCCGUCUGACCUCUGACCCCCGGAACGCCUGACAUCAAAGAGAGGCAGCCACACACACACACACACACACACACACACACACACACACACACACACACACACCACAUCUGAGCGUGCUCAGAAAGAGACCUGAUUGUGAUCUGUAUCAGUUACUGCCACCUGGUGGUCGCACUGACAGCUGAGCCUGUUGUGAAUGAGCACUGUUUGUGUCUCUGUGUCAGUUUAAUGUGAAGAAACUUUAUGUCAUAUGUCGUCAUAUGGGACCAAACCAUUACAAAGAUGGACACACUGCCCCCUGCUGGACAACUACACACUGACGGCAGACAGAUGGACUCACCUGUCUCUGCACAUAUAAAUGUCUCUUCGAGUGACGUCAGUUGUCUGCGGAUGUUCAGUGUGUAAAGUACAUUGAAGCCUUUGUGUUUUUGCAUUACAGCUGGUCAGACCGUCAUCAGCAGUAAGUUAGCGCUGUAUGAGCGUAAGCUAUAGUCACGCUUCACCUCUCGGGCUCUGAUUAGGAAAUUAUGUUUGUCCCUUUUCACCAAAAACACCAGUCAUAUGUCACAUAGUGUGUUUAGAAAAGACACAAGGCAUUGAACAGGCAUAAAAGUGUCUUUUUUAGAUUCUUAGGUCCUUUUAUUAUGUCUGUAAUGUCUUGCACGUGUAAAUGUUAUGUUGAGCCCUGUCAAAGAGGAAUUUCUGGUACUAUUUGGUUCAGACAAUAAAGAAUUCUAUUCUAAACUGACAUAUUGUCCCAGAACGUCAGCAAUAACUGCAGGAUGAUACCUGGCACCUGAUAUGUAGACGUGAACAGCACUGACAAAACUGAUAUUUUACAAGUUGGGGUAAGAACGUGUUGGUAAAGCUCUCUGAGAUAAAUUGUGAUUUGUAAUAUUGGGCUUUAUAAAUAAAA